CAUAUUCCCUCUUCCAGUGUCAUCUAUGGCUCCCUUCUCUAACUACAUUUCUUUCCUUUUCUUCACAACCCUUUUGUUGCCUCUGCAAAUUAUUGCCAGAGACACUCAGUUCUUCAGCAAAGUCACUCAUUUCAACAACAACAACAAUAACAAUGUCAAAGAGACAGAGCUUCCCAACAAAGAAGAAUCAGUAACAAACAAGCCAGAAAAACAACCAGUUUUCAUCCCCGAGACUAAAAACAGUUAUGGCCUAUACGGCCAUGACGAGUCUAGUCAGCUUCCUCCUACCACCACCACCACCACAACUAAUGCUGCUCCUUCCACCACCACCACCACUUACCAGCCAUACAAAACUGAGUUUGAGGACACCAGCAACAAGUACUCCAACUACAACAAUGAUGCCUAUAACACCGACCAAAAUGAAUUCAGCAACACAAACAACAAGUAUUACAACAAGGAUGUUUAUGGGGGUCACCAUAAUGAGUUGAGCGACACAAAGUACACAGAAGGAGGAUACAACUACAUGGGAAAUCAGCACAGCAACCACAAGUAUUACCCCAACAACAAUGCUGCCAAUGACAGAUACUACUACAAAAAUAAUAAUUAUAAUGCUGCUAAGAACAGGUACUCCAACAACAACAACAACAACAAUGCUGCCAAUAACAGGUACAAUGGUGAGAGACAAGGGAUGAGUGACACAAGGUUUUUGGAGGGUGGAAAAUAUUUUUAUGACGUUAACUAUGAGAAGUACAAUCCAACACUCUAUGGUGACUCAUCUAGAGGAGUGAAUACUAAUAACUGGUACAACAACAGAGGUAAUUACUAUGGCAACAACAAUGGGUACCAGAACCAGGAGGAGUUUGAAGAUGAACAAAAUGACUUCGAGCCAUGAGCUUUGAUCAUUAGCAAAGUGAAGAAUUCACUUACUUUUUAGUAUCCGCUGUGGGUGUUUGAUGCUAAAGUUAAAGGAUAUGUUAAUUAUAGAGAGCAUUUACUUUUUACUUUGUAAUUCUAUUAAGUCUUGUUACUUGAAUUGCAUUGUCUCUGUAAUGAUUUGGAAGUAAUGCAUAUGUACGAGAGCAUGAGCAAUUUUUGCUUAUAACAUCAAUAAGUUGUAUAAUGUGAAGCUUGUUU